UGUCAAAACUAGUUUCUGUCGUUCCUGUCAAAUCUAAAAACAUUUAUGUUGACGAUUGCUGAAAGUGAACGUGAAUAUUAAAAUAAUUAUAAUAUAAUUAUAACUGAAGCAUAUAAUAAUUUACUUCUAACGGUAAAAUGGUUUACAUUGUGCUACGUAUAAUUCAUGCAAAAAAUAUUUAAAUUUUUGUAUAUUAUAUCGAACUAAAGUGAAUUAGUGUUGUAAAAUUAACUUUCGAAAAUGUCCUUCCUGCGCGGCUCGGAGAACUAUGUGUGGUGCACGACGAGUGUGCUCGGGAAGGGCGCGACGGGCGCGGUGUUCCAGGGCGUCAACAAGAACAACGGCGAGCCGGUGGCGGUGAAGACCUUCAACCAGCUGAGUCACAUGCGGCCGCACGACGUGCAAAUGCGCGAGUUCGAGGUGCUGAAGAAGGUAAAGCACGAAAACAUCGUGAAGCUGCUCGCCAUCGAGGAGGAGCAGGAGGGCCGCGGCAAGGUCAUCGUCAUGGAGCUUUGCACCGGCGGCAGUCUCUUCAACAUCCUCGACGAUCCGGAGAACACGUACGGCCUCCAGGAGCACGAGUUUCUACUGGUUUUGGAACACCUCACCGCUGGUAUGAAGCACUUGCGUGAUAAUAAUCUGGUGCACAGAGAUUUAAAGCCUGGUAACAUUAUGAAAUAUAUAAAUGAAGAUGGCACCACUACAUACAAGCUGACAGACUUUGGCGCUGCGAGGGAAUUACAGGAGGAGGAGCAGUUUGUAUCGCUGUAUGGCACUGAGGAGUACCUACACCCUGAUAUGUAUGAGAGGGCAGUGUUAAGAAAACCGGUGGGCAAGAGUUUUGGGGCCACUGUUGACCUUUGGUCGAUUGGAGUGACAUUGUAUCAUGUUGCAACUGGACAGUUGCCCUUCAGACCAUAUGGAGGUAGGAGGAACAAGGAGACCAUGUUCUACAUCACCACAAAGAAAGCCUCAGGUGUCAUAUCUGGCACACAAACAACAGAGAAUGGUCCUAUAGACUGGGCUAGAGACCUGCCCUCCCACUGCCAGCUGAGUGUGGGGCUCCGUAAGUUGGUCACACCCCUCCUGGCGGGGUUGCUGGAGGUGGACCCACACAGGAUAUGGAGCUUCGACAGGUUCUUCUCUGAGGUGCAGGUUGUGACUUCCACUAAACCAAUGCACAUAUUCCAUGUGAACAAAGCAACCAGUAUAAAGGUGUUCCUAAAGCCUGACGAGAAAUACGAGCACCUACAGACAUACAUCUGCGAGCAGACGAGUGUGGUGGCGGAGUCCCAGAUCCUGCUGUACCGGGAGCGGCUCCUGACGUCGGAGGUGGGCGAGGGGACGCCGGGCAAGGACUACCCCGACACCACCGCUGAGGAGCCGCUCAUGCUCUUCAACAAGAACAACAAUAACGUCGCAAUGCCUACCGAGCCCGAUCCACCUAAAUUCCCCGUGUUUCCUAACAUUGUUUCCGUGGAGAAUGAUGCUAGUCAAGCUAAGACGGCGUGCAGCGUGGGCCACGUGAUCAAGCGCCGCGUGGAGGCGCUGUGCGCGGCGUCGGUGCUGUGCGGCGCGUGCGUGGCGCGGUGGGGCGCGCUGCUGGCGACGCGGCUCGGCGCGGUGGCGGCGCGCGCCGACGCGCUGCACGCGCACGCCGCCCUCACGCACGGCGCCGCGCGCGCGCUCGACCUGGCCGCCGGGCUCGCCGCCGCGCUGGCGCCGCCGCCCGCGCGACCGCACGCCGCGCCCGAGACCUGGGCGGCCGCCGCCGCGCUCGUCGCCGCCGAGGCCGGCUCGCUGCGGGCCGCCGCGGGCGCGCUGCGCGAGAGGCACGCGCGCGGGCCGGGCCUGCGCGCCGAGUGGGACGCCGCCGCCGCGCUCGCGCCCUGCCCUACUGAACUCAAACUGCAUCUCAAGGCUAAAACACUCGUGGACAGACUGCGCGACUCGUGGCAGCACCUGGUGCGCGACCGCGCGACGCGCUCGCUGACGUACAACGACGAGCAGUUCCACGUGCUGGAGCGCAUCACGGUGGCGGAGACGGGCCGACGCGCGCGCACCCUGCUGCAGCGCGCCGCGCCGCUCGCGCGCGCCCGGGCAGACGCCAUCGCUGACUGGUAUAAAGUAGCGCAGACGGUAUACCUGCAGACCCAGAUCCUAGACAAGGACGUGUCGAGUACGGAGCUGAAGUUGCUCACUUUAGCUGCCCGGUUACAGGACGCGGAGCAUCGAGUUCGGGACGCCGUCAAUGACGCGCAGGCCACGCUAAAUGCAUCUAAAGCGGAGCCAUAUGAGAAGAAAGCGCAGUGUAAAGCGGCAGCGGGUCGCGCGGGGGGAGUGGGGGGAGUGUCGGGCGCGGUGGCGGGCGCGGUGGGCGCGCGCGGCGCGGGCGUGCGCGCGCUGCUGGCGGCGCAGGAGGAGGUGGCGCAGGCGCUCGCCGGCAACUCCGCCCUGCUCGCCAGGCUCAAGCACGUGUCCGACGCGCUGGCGCCCUAGCACUCGCACCCCGACCUCGCCGCCACGCGAGGCCGAGCCGACUCCGCCUCCACCUCCGCCUCCGCCUCCGCCUCGCUCUCCGCCUCCCCGUCCGCCUCGCUGUCGAGCUCGACGUCGGCGGGGCUGACGUCCGAGUCGGCCGCGCGCACCGUCAUAUACGAGUCGGCCAGCGACCAGGGGCCCUUCGAACAGGACGAGUGCAUCAAGAUCAGCGGCAAGUCCUCCUGCUCGGUGGUCUGACGCGGCGCGGGUCUGCUAUUAUCUGGUAUACAUUCCUAAAAGGCAUUAUAAAGACAUUACUCUUCUCUGUGAGCAGACUUAGCAAGUUGGUACAUUCAAAUAUUAAAAUUAUACAUUAUAAAAUUAUAAAAAGUUAAAUACUAAGCUAUUUGAUAUAGCUCGAAAUAUAAUAACUUAUGUCCAGCUCAUGUAAAUAACUUUACAAUAAAGUAUUGGCCGAUACCAUACAUAUGAAUUGUAUUACAAUACUCUCGUUAAGGUUAAAAUUGCAGUUCACUUCGAAAUAACUGUGUCUAUUUUUAUAGUAAUAAUUAUAAAACGCUGUCGUGACCCAAAGAUUUUCUAUAUUAUAUGAAGUUUACGUUAUUGUUAUUUAAGAUACACAUAAUAAUAUAUGCCAUAGCUCACAAGUUAUUUGUUAUCUUCAAAAUGAGUAUUGCUAUGAUAUGUCAUAUCAAAACACUAUCAGGAUGAAACUCAGUCAAAUAAAAAAUAUACAUCGAUUUUUAAUUUGAUAUAUUCUUGUUAUAUAGCAGUUACUACAAUUAAAUGAUUUCCGAAUAUAAUUACAAUAACUAACUAUAUUAUGGGUGUAAAAACUUGGUGCAAUAUAAAGAUUUUAGUAUUAGUAUUUACUAAGUAUUUAAGACUGUACAUAAUAAUACAUCGGCCGACAGUGAAGUACAAAAAUAUAUGUAUUAAUUUUU